CGUCAAUUUUUGUUAUAACCCAAGGCCAUUUUAUCCGUGGAAGCCACCCACGUUUUUGUUAUGCAAAAAAAAAAAGAGAACACAGCACUGCAGCAGGGAAGAAGGAAGAAAGAAGAAAGAAGAAAAAAGAAGCCAUGGAAACGAGCAUCAAAGACGACACAGAAAUCGAGAAAGUAGAAUUCGAUGAUUCCGAGAUUGAAUACGUGAGCUACGGCGGUGAGCAUCACCUCCCUCUAAUCAUGAACCUUGUUGACGAAGAACUCAGCGAACCUUACUCCAUCUUCACCUAUCGUUACUUUGUUUAUCUCUGGCCUCAGCUUUCUUUUCUGGCUUUUCAUAAGGGUAAAUGUGUGGGAACGGUGGUUUGUAAAAUGGGGGAACAUCGUAACACUUUUAGAGGCUACAUUGCUAUGCUUGUUGUAAUCAAACCCUACAGAGGAAGAGGCAUUGCUACUGAACUUGUUACUAGGUCUAUCAAGGUGAUGAUGGAAUCAGGCUGCGAAGAGGUUACGUUAGAAGCAGAAGUCACAAAUAAAGGAGCACUGGCACUUUAUGGCCGACUCGGCUUUAUCAGGUCUAAGCGGCUAUUUCACUACUAUUUGAAUGGAGUCGAUGCUUUCCGUCUCAAACUUCUGUUUCCCCGUCCAGAGUUGCACGCACCUCUUGGCUCAUCGGAUACAUACACGAGCCACAUGCAUAGUGAUUCACUAAUUGAGGGAUGAUUGAUUCCAUACAUGAUUAUGUACUUUUAACUAAUCACAAUUUUUUGAGUAAAUUGCUUUAUAAACUGAUGCUAUGUUAUGGUACGUCACUGUUUUUAUGUAGUACUAUGGUUGGUAGGUUAUGUACAUUUUUGUUAUUUGUAUUUCAAUUCUCUUUAAUGUUAGAGGUUGUAAAAAAACAGAAAUUGUAAAACCAAUCAUCUUUUAAAAUUCAAAGUGUCGUGAUUCCUAGUGAUAAUCAA